UCACAUCUCAUCUCUAAACGCGUUUUCUAUUUUUCACUUUUCCGUGCAAAUGCAUUUUGUUCCAUUUUGUUUCAGUGAACUUUCGAUACAUUUUGUGCUUUUGUAUAGAUUUUUUUAUGUGAUUUUAGCUUUUGUGAUGUUUUAAUGUACAAUGCCGGUUCCGCUUUGAAUGGACGCGAUGACCAUAAUGAUAAAAAUGAAUAUUUAAUUUUAUUCAAUGUUUUUGGAAUUUCCCUGUGAUGCUGCGACCGGACGAGCAAACACGAGUCUGAGCAGAGAACAAAGAUGAAGGAACUGAUUUGGACAAGCGACUAAGAGAGAGACUGUCACACACAAGAAUGCGCAUUAAAUACGCCGUCUCUGUCAUCUUUAUUGUGGCUCUGGUCAUUAUAGAAAAGGAAAACAACAUAAUUUCCAAGGUGUCUGAUAAGCUGAGCCCAAAGCUGACCCCUUUGACGCCACUCCUGCGGCCCACUGCGUCUGUCUCGUCCACUCAGGGACACAAUAGAUCUGUUUUAUCUAACAUCAGCCAGACUGAAAUCUCGCCCUAUCGGGUGAACAACUCCAUCCAGGAGAGUCCGUCGCCUGCGUCUGAUGCAGGAGGAAGGAAACACAUUCUUCUGUUGGCGACGACUCGUACGGGCUCCUCGUUCGUGGGUGAAUUCUUUAACCAGCAGGGGUCAAAUAUGUUUUACCUGUUUGAGCCGCUGUGGCACGUGGAGCGCAUGUUAACGGUGGAGAGCGGAGGGACGAAUGCCACGGUGGCAGGCCCGGCGUAUCGUGAUGUUCUGCGCAAGCUGUUCCUGUGUGACUUCUCUCUGCUGGAGAGCUUCAUCGAGCCCCAGCCACACGAGCACGUCACCUCAUUCCUCUUCCGUCGUGAAUCCAGCCAAUCGCUGUGCGAAGAUCCCAUCUGCACACCCUUCGUCAAAAAAGAAUUUGAGCGCUACCACUGUCGCCUGCGCCGCUGCGGGCCGCUCAACCUGACCCUCGCUUCUCACUCCUGCAAGCAGAAGAAGCAUCUUGCCAUUAAAUCCGUCCGCGUGCGUCAGUUAGAAACUCUGAGGCCGUUGGCCGAGGACCCCCGACUAGACAUGAAAUUCAUCCAGCUGGUCCGAGACCCUCGCGCCGUGCUCGCCUCACGAAUGGUUGCCUUUUCUAAUAAGUACAAAAACUGGAAGAAGUGGGCCAUGGAAAGAGACGUUCCAGUAGACGACGAAGUGAGAAAGCUGAAAGGAAAUUGCGAUAACAUUCGCAUGUCUGCUGAGAUUGGACUGAAACAGCCAGCGUGGCUUCGUGGCCGCUACAUGCUGGUGCGCUACGAGGACAUAGCUCGGUUCCCCAUGAGCAAAGCAGCAGACAUGUACAAUUUCACGAGCCUUCCCUUCAGCUCAAAGCUAGAAGAGUGGAUCUUAAAAAGUACUCAAGCGUCUAAGGAGGUGACCGGAUUGUAUUCCACUCAGAAAAACUCAUCUGAACAGGUGGAGAAAUGGAGGUUUAGCAUCCCCUUCAAACUGGUCCAGUUAGUGGAAAAAGUGUGCGGCCCCGCCAUGACUCUAUUUGGCUACAGGUUUGCAGAGAACAAAGAGAUGUUGACUGAUAAAUCAGUGAGCUUGAUUGAAGAAAAAAACUUCUUAUGAUUGUAAACGGACUUCACUUGACUAACGGUGAGAUUUAUGAAGAAGUAUCUGACAUACUGUAAACGGUCAUGACAGAGCUUUUGAAGAAGUCAAAUAUUUACUUUUGUAAUAAAUGACCAGUAUGUCUAAGGUAACGGAGUUGUUAGAUGUGGGUGGUGCAUGUGUUUAUUGUAGGUGGAGGGGGGUGGUUCUCUAAAGAUUCUUUCCACAGCUGGAUUGCAGAAAUACAACAUAUGUUCUCAGAAACUCUCACAUUAGUAAGGAGCAGCGUGUUUGAGAUUUUGGACAUUUUUCAGAUAUCAUUUAUUAACUCUACAGGCUCUAUAUAGGAGUGAACUGGAAAUGCCACAUUCAUGCAGUUUGUUGAGAAGAGACUGUUAUAUUUUUUGAUGCAGAUGUCAAAUCCUCCAUGUGUUUUCUCUGUGGUUUUGGCCAAGCAAAGAAUAAACACUGAGCUUUUCCGUACCGAGGCCAUCACAGCACAACAAGUUAGAAAACCAAAACUUAUG